AUGCCCGCAGAAAAAAUGGAUAAAAUGGGUAGACCAGAUAUGCACUCCAUUCACCUUUCAACAUGGAAACACGCUGGGAUUGAUGUUCUGAUUUUUGGGGUUGCGAAGAAGUACUGUUCCAGGACCAACACCUGCGUGUUUCCGAGGGGAGAAGCUGCGAUCAUGGAAGACGAGGAAUGGCGAUCACAGCAGAUUGCCAGUGGAGAGGCAAAAGAUAAUGCUAAUUUUCAUCCACUGGGAGGUGAUUGGAAUGUCAUUCAUAGCAGGAAUGCGGUGGAGAGUGCAAGGAAAGAGAUUGCUCUAUGGUUUCCUGAAGGAAUUGCUGAAUGGAGGAGCAGCCUUCACCCCUGGAUCUAUGAGUAA